AGAACUUCCCGACGAAAUGCGUUAGAAAUCACCGGAUCUUAUCGGAACCAUCCUUGGACCAAAAAAAAAAAAAAUCAUCUUGGCCAUGAACCUACCGGGCGGCGGGAAUCCGGCACCGACCGCAGCUCAUCCUGAACCCGACUCCGGAUCUUCAAGCCCCAAAACUCCCUCCAAAUCUCGCUCCGAAACGCAGGCAAGGAAGCUGAAUGUUAGCUCCAAACUGAACCGCUGGUCCAUAGCCCGAGCCGUACGAUCCGGUAUCAAGCUUGAUCAUCCGGUUCAUCGAACGGCCGAGCCAAGGUCGCCGAUCCGUCAACUAACGGAGAUCGAUCCCACGUUGGAGGAGGAUGCUGGUGGUGUGUCGUCGGCGAUUGACGAUGAUGAUGAUGAUGGUGACGGUUUUACGGCGGGGAAAUCGUUAUACUUGGUAUCUGACGGAACUGGUUGGACGGCGGAACACUCUGUUAACGCUGCGUUGGGACAAUUCGAGCACUGUUUGGUCGGUCGAGGUUGUUCUGUGAACACCCAUCUCUUCUCAGGGGUUGAGGAUGAAGAGAAACUGGUAGAGAUCGUCAAGCAAGCGGCUAAAGAAAGGGCAAUGCUUUUUUACACAUUGGCAGAUCCAUCCAUGGCAAAAUCAGCAAAGCAAGCCUGCAAUCUAUGGGGUGUGCCUUCGAACGAUAUUUUGGGGCCUAUCAUCGAAGCAAUCGCCUCUCAUUUAGGUGUUUCCCCUUCCGGUCUUCCUCGGGGAGCUCGAAGUAGGGGGAAGACCCUCGACGACGAAUACUUCAGAAGGAUCGAAGCAAUUGAGUUUACCAUCAAGCAAGAUGAUGGAACCCUACCAGAGAAUUUGAACAAAGCUGACAUAAUUCUGGUUGGCGUUUCUCGGUCAGGGAAGACGCCGUUAUCAACUUACCUUGCUCAAAAAGGGUACAAAGUUGCGAAUGUGCCGAUUGUGAUGGGUGUGGAACUGCCAAGAACGCUUUUUGAGGCCGACCCGAGGAAGGUAUUUGGAUUGAGAAUCGAUCUUGUUGUGUUGCAAGCCAUUAGGAAAGCCCGGGCGAAGACGUUGGGGGUAGAUGCUGAGUCCGGGAAGAAGUAUUCAGGGAUCGAUUUCGUCAGAAAGGAACUGGAAUUCGCCUCGAGGGUCUAUGCCAAAAACCCAGGGUGGACUGUGAUAGAUGUGACGAACAAGGCGAUUGAAGAGACUGCGGCUGUGAUUCUGAGGCUGUACCAUGAUGGCAGUGACAGUAGUUCAGUACCACGGAUCUCAAAACGCUACUAGAAAUGCUGCCUCUUCAGCAUAUGUAUGAAUCAAAAGAAAGAAACCCGGUGCGGACGUUUCAACAUGAAAGUCAAUUUUUUGUUUUCUUUUUGGGGUCUGUCUUUAAUUUUUGAGCCGACUAAUACUCCUCUGACGUGAUAGUGUGAUAUUAUGUGUCAUGUUUGUAUCAUGAUUCCAACACUUGCUAGGCGUUGCAGAAACGGCCCUUUUCGGGAAUUAUAUCGACCUCUGCAUGAUUUGGAUU